UGUGGGAAGAGUUUCAGACUGUCAGGCAACUUUAAAAGGCACCAGGGAAUCCACACUGGAGAGAAACCAUAUGUCUGUGCUGACUGUGGGAAGAGAUUCAGUGAGUCAGGCAACUUUAAAAGGCACCAGGGAAUCCACACUGCAGAGAAACCAUAUCACUGUGCUGAUUGUGGGAAGAGAUUCAGAGACUCAAAAAGCCUGAAAUAUCACCAGCGAAUCCACACUGGAGAGAAACCGUAUGUCUGUGCUGACUGUGGGAAGAGUUUCAGUUAUUCACAAACCCUGAAAUAUCACCAGCAAAUCCACACUGGAGAGAAACCGUAUGUCUGUGCUGACUGUGGGAAGAGAUUCAGAGAUUCACAAAGCCUGAAAUAUCACCAGCAUAUCCACACUGGAGAGAAACCAUAUCACUGUGCUGACUGUGGGAAGAGAUUAAGAGAUUCAAAAAGCCUGAAAUAUCACCAGCGAAUGCACACUGGAGAGAAACCGUAUGUCUGUGCUGACUGUGGGAAGAGUUUCAAUCAGUCAGGCACCUUGAAAACACACCAGAGAAUCCACACUGGAGAGAAACCAUAUGUCUGUGCUGACUGUGGGAAGAGUUUCAAUGCGUUACAAAACCUGAAAAGACACCAGCGAAUCCACACUGGAAGAGAAACCGCAUCCGUUUAUUUUACAAAACUGGAUUAUCCUUGUGAAAGAGAAGAUUCAACGAUGGAGCCUGUCCAUAUUAAAGAGGAGAGUCCUGUACUAGAAUCAGUCCAUAUUAAACAGGAGAGUCCUGUACUAGAAUCAGUCCAUAUUAAACAGGAGAGUCCUGUACUAGAAUCAGUCCAUAUUAAACAGGAGAGUCCUGUACUAGAAUCAGUCCAUAUUAAACAGGAGAGUCCUGUACUAGAAUCAGUCCAUAUUAAAGAGGAGAGUCCUGUACUGGAAUCAGUCCAUAUUAAACAGGAGAGUCCUGUACUAGAAUCAGUCCAUAUUAAAGAGGAGAGUCCUGUACUGGAAUCAGUCCAUAUUAAAGAGGAGAGUCCUGAACUAGACCCUGUCCAUGUUGAAGAGGAGGGUAACCAUUUUAAAACAAGCAGCUUGCAGGGCUCUCUGUCCUGUACAGAAUGUGGAAAGAGUUUCAGACAGUCACAAAACCUGAAACUUCACCUGCUAAUCCACACUGGAGAGAAACCACAUGUUUGUGCUGACUGUGGGAAGAGUUUCAUACGUUUACAACAUCUGAAACUUCACCAGCUAAUCCACACUGGAGAGAAACCACAUGUCUGUGCUGACUGUGGGAAGAGUUUCAGAUGUUCACAAAGCCUAAAACUUCACCAGCGAAUCCACACAGGAGAGAAACCGUAUUUCUGUGCUGAGUGUGGGAAGAAUUUCAGACAUUUACAAAACCUGAAACUUCACCAGCGAAUCCACACUGGAGAGAAACCGUAUGUCUGUGCUGACUGUGGGAAGAGUUUCAGAGAUUUACAAGGUCUGAAACUUCACCAGCGAAUCCACACUGGAGAGAAACCGCAUGUCUGUACUGACUGUGGGAAGAGAUUCAGUAAGUCAAGCUAUGUGAAGAGACACCAGCGGAUUCACACAGGAGAUAAACCUUAUCUGUGUAGUAAAUGUGGGAAGAGUUUCAAUCAGUUAGCUAACCUUAAAACCCACCAGUUAAUUCACACAGGAGAGAAGCCACAUCGCUGUCAUGACUGUGGGAAGAGUUUCAGACAGUCAGGUGACUUGAAAAUACACCAGCGAAUCCACAGUGGAGACGAACCACAUGUCUGUCGCAGGAGAGAACCCACAAUUCCACAUCACUGUGAAAUGUCUGUGCUGACUGUGGUGGGUUACCUGUAGGAUUCUCAGUCGGAUCUAAUCAAGUCGCUAUGGUGACGUCACCGCUAAGGAGUACCAUGGCAACGUGUUCCGAACCUUCCAAGGUCCAAACGGACCCUUCCUGGCAGCCCUGCAACUUCAUACUAAAUGCAAUUGACGCUGCUUCCCAACUGAACAUGCUGAAACAAAAAUGGCGUCUUCAUUCGAACCCACACAACAGACGCUGCUUCACCCCGUCACUGUGUGUAAUGUGCGUGAAUCCUGCGUGUGCGUGUACGGAAACACACGGAAGACAGCGUGCUCAUGAAAACAUGUGUUUUAGUGUUUGAUUCCUGCUAUACUUAUAAUUCUGAUACCUUGAUUUCUAACUUCUGUAUUCUUAUUAGUUUUGUGAGUCUUAAUAAAUGUAAUCAUUUUCA